AUGGUUUUUUUUCCUUCCUUGUUGACUGCUCGUGGCUGUGGGAAAUCAGCUGCCCUUGUUUUAUCAAUUGCCGUUGCUAUUGCCGUGGGUGAAACCGGCUUAGGAUGGGACAAUGUCAAGAAUACUGUCGAUGCUCCGGAUGAGUGGUGGGAGCAAAAAAUCUUGAAGAAUCCCUUUUAUGAAAAAUUUAGACAUAAAGGGUUGAGGUUUGCAAGGGAAUUAACCUUCAUAUUUAGGGAUGUCCUGGCAACUGGGGAGACAUUGUUUGUGCCAUCUACUACCCAAACCCAAAUAGAGGAUGAUGAUGAUGAAGAUGUGUACCGCCCCACUGUUGACCUUCAAGAAGGAUUCAGUGAUAGUGAAGAGGAGUUAAAUUUAUCUGACACUGCAGCACCUACGGGGGUCACUGAUGAGUUGUUAGGCUUGAAUGUCACCACAAAUACCGAUAGAACUAGUGGUGAUGGAAGUCAAGGCAAGAGAAAGAGGGUUGUAGGAGGCAGUGGGAGGAAAAAGCAAAAAUUCCCUGCCUCAAUAAAAAUAGCAGAUGCGAUGAGUAAAAUAGCUAAGGAUAAUAGAGCUAGAACAGAGACAAUGAACAAGAUUUUGGCAAAUGACAUAGGAGUUUCUGAGGUUGUAACUCACCUAAAUGGACUUCUAGAAGUUUUUGGUGAUGAAGAUUUACAUUAG